AUGGGAGCCCUAGCGCCACUGGCUCAGUGGACACCGGAGGACGACGUACAACUCAAGAACGCCGUCGAGGUAAUACAGACGCCCGCCCCCUGCCCUCGUUUCCGUUUUCUGAUUUGGCUUCAGAACAUUGGAAUUUUGUCAAAAUGCUGUGCGGAUGGCAGGGAUGUGCCUGAUGGCCCGCAGUUUUGUGUUGUUCUCUGGAAAACUACGAUUUCACUGUUUCUGUCUGUGUCUGUGCCCCACGGGGGGAGGGCGGACCUGGAGGCCUUAUUUGGGUUUAAUUUAAGUGAAUCCUCUUGAUGUUCAUGCUGGUCUUCUUCGCCGGGAUGGAUGUGUGCCCUGUUCGUGUUAUUCCUUGUCAUGUUCGUUUUGUUUGGGGUUUACUAAUUAUUGGAACUAAUGUUAUUCCAUUUUAGUAAUUAAGAGAGCGAGAUGACCUCCAAAAAUCCUUUAUCGAGUCGUUUAUCUCUCUCUCCCUACAUGACGGUGUAUUAUGUCCCUAAUUCCACAUGUUUUUGUAGAGAUUUGUUGUUUUCUUGGUGAUUUUUGAGUAACUGCUUCUCAUUUUCUCUUAUGUGGACUAAUUUUUCUUUUUCCCGGUUUCUCCCAUAAGCUUCUUGACCUGCUGUAGUGGGCACAGGACUUCAUCUCAGUAGAAAAUGGUGAAUUACACUUGGUCGUGUGCCCACUACAGUAGGUCAAGAAGCUUAUGGGAGAAACCGGGAAAAAGAAAAAUUAGUCCACAUAAGAGGAAAUGAGAAGCAGUUACUCAAAAAUCACCAAGAAAACAACAAAUCUCUACAAAAACAUGUGGAAUUAGGGACAUAGUACACUAUCAUGUAGGGGGAGAGAGAUAAAUGACUCGAGAAAAGACUUUUGGGGGUCAUCUUCCUCUCUUAAUUACUAAAAUGGAAUAGCCCUAGUUCCAAUAAUCAUUAAACCCCAAACAAAAUGAACUUCACUUCAACUAAACCCAAAUAAGGUCUCCAGGUCUGCCCUCCAGUACAGUAAGUCAGCAGGAGACUUGCUUACAGUACAUUGAGUCAAAGCAUAUAUCGUGUGUUGAAGGUAUAAUUGCUGAUGGACAUGGGUUUUCAAAGUAUAUAUUUUUCUCCGUUCGUUUUUGAAGUAAGGAAAAAUAGGGAUGGUCUAAAUAAACUUUACAAAGUUGCAAAGAAGUGCUAGUGUGGAAAUGACAUUUUAUGUGGUUAGUCAAUAAUCAUGAUUUUUUAAAAUAUUUUUUUGUCGAUUUGGUCGUGUUUUUAUUUCACAACAGGCUGGCGCAUCCUUGGAGUCUCUUGCUAAAGGUGCUGUGGAAUUCUCACGUAGAUUUACUAUCAGAGAAGUGAAGGACAGGUGGCGUCAUCUCCUAUAUGACCAAGAAAUGGCAAUGGAAGCUUCGGUUUACAUGACGCGUGUGAGUGCUGAUGCUGGUUUUUCUGGUCAUCUUAAAUCGGGCAAAAACUUCAGUACGAGAGCUAAAGAAUGGGCACCUGGAAAGAGAAAAAGAAGUAGUGUGCGUAGUCUGUAUUAUGCAAUGCAAAAGCGUCUUCGCAGUGGUCAUUUCAAUUCUCCUGAUGUAGAUUUUCUUGUACCACCCAGCACAGCAAUUGAUUUUAGUGGGAAUGGUGGUUGCAGAGAGCAGUCAAAAUUCUUCAGUGAGCAUGUGGGUGGAGAUCCUACCAUUGGUACAGCUAUUUCUGAUCAAUUUAAAAUCCCAAAGUUUGACUUUGGUAUCGGCCAUGAGGCUUUUCCAGGAAUGCAAAGGGCCAGGACUGUCACCGAGCAUGCUGAUGCUGCUGAGCAGGGCAUCCAUAAUGCACAUCUGGUUUUAGAAGGGAAUCGAAUGCGAGAUGAAGUCCUUACUGCUGAUGGUUUGUUUGAGUUUGAGGAAGAAGUUCCGCCAGUGUCACUUGACAAAGGAAUAGUAGACAGCAUUGUUGUCCAAUCCUUUGACCAUGAGAGUGAGCAAAACGAAAACUACCAUAGCCUUACUGAGAAUGUAGAAAACAUUCGAAGGUCAUCAGAUGUUCAGGACAUUCGGUCACCUGAGAAGCUAGCCGUCAGGAGUCCUCAAGAAACGCAGAUUAUUGAGGAGAAACCACUAUUCUCCGCCUUUGAUACAGAAAAUGACCGCAAGAAGCCUCCUUUCUCAAGCUUUGGAGAAAACCAGAAUGUAAGUUCGGAGGUUUCCGAUUGUAGUGGUUCUUUACAGAACAUAGGGUUUUCAUCUCCACUUGUAUCCAUGUCUCUCUGGGGAGGAAUUGAUGCUACACCAACUCUUCCCAUGGAUUCAAAUUUUGAUGGCGAUGGACAAAGAUCAACUUCUGCCUUGGAUCUUUCAUCUGAUGGCGUUAAGAAAAUGAUUCCAGAGGCAUACGAUGGUGUGAGGACAGAAGAUAAGUUGCUUGAUGAAAUGAGUAUGGGUGCGCUAAAUGACUCGGCUAUAAUCGCUGAGAGUGAUUUUGUGAACCUUUCUUUAAACUUUCCGAAUGAAGAUGAACUCUUUCUUCUUAAUGAAGAGGGGAAAGACAUAAUGGAUGGACCUUGCCUUGAAACCCUAAAUUCUAUUUUUUCUGAUUCUCCCGCUGAUAUACACCAGGAUAAUGCGUAUGAAACCACAGAUACAAAAAAUAUGGAGGCACUCAUGGCGCAAGAUAUAAUUUCAGAUGAAUUUGCUGCAGAGUCUAAAGGCCUGAAUGAAGAGAUGCGUUCGGGAUCUGAGGAUGGACAUGCCGUUCAGGAUUCGACAGAAAACAUAAAUGUGGGACCCUCAGAUAAUAUAUCUUCUUUGGAAACUCCUGAAAGGCUUAUGAUUUGCACGUUGAACACUGAGGAUCCUGAAGUCCCAUGCAAUGAUGACAUUGUUCUCCCUAACGAGGUCUAUCCUUCAGUUUCCUCUAGAGGUUUGAAGCUGGAAUCUGAAGUAUCUGGUUUAGUUUCCCCAUCUUGCAAAGUUACUUCUGAUGAUCAUGGGGGUGUGGAGGAGGAUGAAACACUGAUGAAUCCCUUUAUAUCCUCACGCAACACUGGGCUGCAAAUGCAUGCAAAAGUCGGAUUGAAGCGUCUGAAUGAUGAUUUCAGGAUUAAGACCGAGUUUCAAGGGAUUGAUUCCCACAGGCAACCAGGAGUCGUAUCUGGUGAAAAAAUCAUGCUCUCAUCAGCACCUGCUGUCCCAUUAACUGGAUCAGUUCUUACUCCAAAGGAAGAAAUCCUACCACUGGCUCUGGGAAAAUGUGGAGAAUCUAUUAAUUCCGUAGUUGCCCUCCAAGAGAAAUCACAUGAAGCGCCUGAUCAUGCAAAAUCAAAUUUUCAAGUCACAGCGGAUGUUUGUGAACAGAUGUUAGAUAGUGCGGGUCCCUCACAGAAGUGGGGGUCUUUACCUGCUGAAUUGGGCGGUGGAGAUGGGGGAUUUGCUGAUCCUUCUCAUAUUUUUUCAAUCUCUGACAACGAAGAGAAUUCUUCUGACAGUGAUGACGAUGUACCCAAUUUUUCUGACAUUGAAGCUAUGGUAAGUCUUUUGGCUUAAUAUUCAAUCAAGUUGGUUUUUUACUGAACAAACUAUCGUGUAUCUGCUUUUUCUCAAAGCUGUUCUUGUUUGUUGCAGAUACUUGAUAUGGACCUCGCCUUCUCCGAUCAGGAAUCAAGUUUGUUUUCCAGAGAAGGUAAUUCAGGUUCUUAUCACUGGUUUCAGAAAAUACUGUUUCUGAGACAAUUAUUCUCCAUCCGGGGUGGGAAAUUUUCUGUGACUAGGAUAUAUAUUCAGACGGCAUGCAUGCUAACUCUCUCUCUCACUUAUUAUAUAUAUAUAUAUGCACAUUUGUAGAUAUAUAUAUCUAUGUCCGAUUCCACCUGAUUCCCCUCUUGUCUCUUUGAAAAAACUCGUAUCCCUUCUUUAUCUGUGUAUAACUACCAUCACCUUUUGCCACAUGGAGAUACGCUUUGCAGCAGAAGCCUGACCUCCCGACCUUGUGUUUCCAUUCAAGUUAUUUUAGCGUUAAAAGUACCAGGCAGGUUAUCAUGGGUUCUGUAUGAGUGACUAAACCUGGUGAAUCAUUGAUUUGUAAACAUGUGAUUUAUUAUUCUUAUGUGUUGUUUUUGGUCGCAUCAAAUUUCUGUUGGCUGAAUUUUUAGUUACAUCGUGAUUCAAGAACCGCUUAUGAUUGUGCAUUUUUUUCUUCCAAGAGUUAUUUUAUGAUUUCUUUUCAUUCACGUCCGUAUGCUUUGAAUCACUCGUGCUGAUUGGGGUUUUUAAAAAAAAAAAAAAAAAAAAAAACAGUGUCAAGGUACCAAUUCCUGGAAUCCAAGAAGACGCUGAUGAGAUUAGAACAGGGUGCCCUGUCCUGCGUGGAGAGAUCGGUGGCGUCCCAUGGAGCUCUUGCAGUCUUUUAUGGUCGUCGUUUGAAGCAUUACAUCAAGAAACCGGAGGUGACUCCUCCGGCCCAUGGCUGGCUGUCUCCCUGAUUUUGUUUUGGAAAAUGAUUACCUUAGACUUUUAUUUCAAGCGCAUGUUUUUUGGCCAUGCUCCUCGUUGACUCCUUUCUUUAACUGCCGUCAUCUAGCCCAGCUGUGGGGUUCUAAUCGUUGACUCUGCCGACCCUCCAUGCUUUUAGCUAUUUCUAGUACUCGUAAUGAUGUGCACAAUGCAAUGUUUUUUCCAUAAUUAUCCAGGUGUCGCUUGGGAGAGCUACAGAUGAUGUACACGUUGACAUUGAUCUGAAAAGAGAAGGGCCUGCAAAUAAAAUAUCUCGGCGUCAGGUGACUGUUUUAUUUGAAAAAUUAAUAUCCGGAAUCCCUGUGCUGAGGUCGAACAGAUUACUUGAAUGCACUUCCAACACUUCCUUUUUCUGGAAAAUGUCUUGAACAGAUGUCGACCCGUUGACUUCCGGACCUCCGGUAACGCAUGUGUUUAAAACUACAAAAUGGUUGAUUUUUUUUUCAAAAAUCAAAGAGAAUCUUUGAAUUUUUCUCUACACUUCCAUGAGAUUUCUAUCGUCGUCUUGAAAAUAUUGGUGGAAAGUAGCGGAUCGGAUCCUUUUCAUCUCUGAGCGACCUGUACCAUCUUCGCAGGCGAUUAUAAAGCUGGACGAGCACGGGUCGUUCUAUCUAAAGAACACCGGGAAGUUCCCCAUCGUGAUCAAUGGAAAGGAAGUGCCGUCUGGGAAGCAGUUGAAUCUUAGCUCCGGAUGCCUGAUCGAGGUAUGCGUCUUGGAUAAACGAUGGUGCCGUUGACUUUGAUCAGAUGAGUGUUUAUACCCUUUUUACUGAAUGGCUUCCCAGCUUCUGCUGCAGAUGCGGGGCAUGAAGUUCAUCUUUGAGGUGUGCCAUGGCAUAGUUUCCCAGUACGUAGCUAAUGUUUGGAGGAAGCGCAGACAAGAACAGAACCCGAGCUUCUCAUUGGUUGCAACGUGA